AUGAAGACGUUUAUACCAUUCAUAUGUAUCCUAUCUCUAACUGCCGCCGAACCUCCUGUUGGUGAUGGAUAUCCUUCAGCACGCUCAAGUCAUGACCAUAAACACCACCAUGAUCACAGCCAUGACCAAAGCUAUGAUUUCCAGAGAUCUCUCUCCCAAGAAUAUCUGCCUCCCACUACUCGAUCCUUCGGAACAUCUCGUAAUACACUUUCUAAUGAAUAUGGAACACCAAACGCAAGAACUGCAACCUCAAGAUCUGGGGUCUCCCAAAGCUAUGGACCCCCAAACCUUUACAGUGGUGUUUCUCAGGAAUACGGUGUACCUAACUCAAGAUCCUCAGCCCACUAUUCAUCAGCGUCAAGAGGUCUUUCGACUGAAUAUGGAGCUCCGAACGCCCGUUCUAGUUUCUCACAGUCCUAUGGUGCCCCAACUUCCAGGAACAGCUUGUCUCAGGAAUACGGUGUUCCAUCUGAUAUUGCCAGAAUACCUUUGGAAGAAUAUGGAGUCCCUGAACUACGUACUCCAUCUGAAGAAUAUGGCGUACCUUCACAAAGGAGUUUUGGACAAACACCUUCCCAGAAAUACGGACCUCCAACUUCUCGCAUCUCUCCAUUCUUUGGGAAUUCACUUUCCCAAGAAUACGGAGUCCCCUCAGCUCGAUCUGGAGAUUAUCGCCAAAGUCACGCUACACCCAAAAGUAUUUCCAAGUCUUUCUCCUCAAGCAACUCGCGGUCUUUUAAGGGAUCUUCCCAAUUUGGAGCCCGUUCUCUUUCAACCAGCUAUGGGGCUCCCACUGCACGGAACUUUGACUCUUAUUCCCAAGAACCUAAACCCCUUUCUCAGACUUAUGGAACUCCAAUACAGCAAGACGUAUCGGAUACCUAUGAAGUGCCAAGUGCUAGAGGUGUCUCUCAAAAGUAUAGCGUACCUGCUGGUCGUGCUGCCGAGAAGAAGACCAGCGCCAUUGCAUCAUCUUAUCCGUCUGCUGCUGCCAGGUCUUCUCCGUCAGACACUUACGGUCCUCCUGCAGCAAGAGGCUCCAUGCCCUCAGAGCAGUACGGUGUCCCGGACCAGUACAGCAAUCUCUCCAACCAGGGUUACUCUUAUGCCAGAGAUGCACUUAAUGAGAUACUAAACCAGGAACCUGCUAACUAUGACUUCGCUUACAAAGUAAACGACCUAGAGUCAGGCAGUGACUUUGGGCAUACAGAGACACGCCAAGAAAACAGGGCUGAGGGAUCAUACUUCGUCGUAUUGCCUGAUGGCACUAAACAAAUCGUGGAGUACGAGGCUGAUGAGCGAGGCUUUAAGCCUAGAAUAUCCGUAGAACCUGCAGACCUGGGCCGCUCAGCUGGAUAUGACGAGAACGCUGCAGACUUGUCCAAAUCUGCUGAUGGACCGUACUAA